AGGAUGUGCGCGUUGGUGUGCACUCAUGCACACAGAGCAGUUGCUACAUUCCUGACUAAUCCUUCAGCUGAGACAGCAGAACCCAAGGCCAAAUCAUCUUUACUAAAUCUCAGGCCAUACCUCCAGUGUCACUCUCUGUAGAGGAACUCAAGAUGGGCCAUCCAGUUGCUUUUCUAUGUAGUCCAUAAAAUGGCAAUGAGCUGAUAGAAAUAGUAGCCCCUGCAUGAGGUACAAGCAGUGCUUCCACAGACGCAGACCUGGGCAACCUGCAGCCUUCCUAAAGUUAUAGAACUACAGCCUGUUGGUUGUGGGAGUAUAUUUUACAUGACUGAUCUAAGCAGUGAUACUUGAUGGCUUUUCUUCAGCUCCUAAUGAGGUACAACAUCCAGAAGCUUAAUAGCUCAUAGUUGCCAUCAAGUGUAUAGCCAGGUAGCCAUGUAUUGUUGAUUUUGAAAUGUUUGGGUAGGCUUGCCACCUGGCUGCUAUUUUAAUGGAUUGGCUGCUAAAAAAUAUACUUAAUACCCAUGUUAAUAGGGAAGAAAGAUAAAAAUAUAGGUAGGCUGGGUACUUUUGUCCAGAAAAGCUGGCAACCCUGUUUGUGCAUGGCACACAGGACAAUGUUGGUAGUGUCACAGGCUACAGGCGAUUAUUUCUUAAAAACAGUUUCCAUAAAAAUAUAUUGGGGGCAAUUUUGAGUGUUAAUCGGCUAAUUGGGUGACUGAGGACUAAUUGUAAUGCCAUUACUGUUAAUUCUCCUUCAAGUGAUUUACUAAUAGCUAUGUUGUCUUAGAGGUAAUAGGGCCUCUUUACUAAAUUGCAGUUUUUUUACCCAUUACUUCAGAGAAAUUAAUGGCACUGGCUGUUGGAGGAUACUGGGAGUUAUAGUAUAGGAAAUGUUAGAGACGGAAGAACGCUCCUCCCCACACUGUAAAGUGAGACAAAUUGGACUGAAAGCAGCCUGUUUUGCAGAUGGCAGGAUUUCACAUUGUUUAGAGCUUUUGUCCAAAGUACAUAUUAAGCCUUUAAAUGGUUCCAGUAGAGAGAGAGAGAGAGCCCAGCACAGCUACAUGCAGCCUUCCCCUUCAGACUGCACUGCCAACAGAUUCGGCUGGGAAAAUUUUCAUGGUUCUCAUCCUGUUCUCCCUCUCCCACAUGCCCUUCCAGAGUUCCUAAACUUCAUGUUCUUUCCAAUGGGAGCUACAGGAAAUUCCAGGGUAGUGGCUUGUGAGGGCAGUCGCUUGCACACACACACAUGGAUGUGGUCAGCGGUGGGAGGGGACUCCAGGGUGUGUGUGUCUAAGGGGUGACUGGUGCUGUGCUGUUGUUCGUGGGUAUGGAUGCCAUUAUCAUUCAGGAACUCCUGGCCGAGAGAUUAUUGUCUCCCACUACGUUCACACAGAGAACCUACCCAUUGAAGCUAAAGGACCAAGAGAAGCAGUAUGUUGGCUUUGCCACUUUGCCCAAUCAAGUUCACAGGAAGUCUGUGAAGAAAGGAUUUGACUUUACUCUCAUGGUAGCCGGGGAGUCCGGCCUAGGAAAGUCUACCUUGGUGAACAGUCUAUUUUUGACAGAUCUCUAUAAGGACAGGAAAUUGCUCAAUGCAGAAGAGCGAAUUAGCCAAACGGUGGAGAUUCUUAAGCAUACAGUGGACAUUGAGGAAAAGGGAGUAAAGCUGAAAUUAACCAUAGUGGACACGCCUGGGUUUGGGGAUGCAGUCAAUAACAAUGAAUGCUGGAAGCCUAUAACAGACUACAUAGACCAGCAGUUUGAACAGUAUUUUCGGGAUGAGAGUGGCCUGAAUCGGAAGAACAUUCAGGACAACAGAGUGCACUGCUGCUUGUACUUCAUCUCACCUUUUGGACAUGGGCUACGACCAGUGGAUGUGGCUUUCAUGAAAGCUCUGCAUGAGAAGGUGAACAUUGUUCCUCUGAUUGCUAAGGCUGACUGCCUGAUUCCUGGCGAGAUCCGCAAGCUCAAGGACCGGAUUAGGGAGGAGAUAGAGAAGUUCGGCAUCAAGGUUUAUCAGUUCCCAGAAUGUGACUCUGAUGAGGACGAUGACUUUAAACAGCAAGAUAGAGAGUUGAAGGAAAGUGCACCAUUUGCAGUCAUUGGCAGCAACACUGUUGUAGAGGCCAAAGGCCAGAGGGUGAGAGGUCGUCUGUACCCAUGGGGCAUUGUUGAAGUGGAGAAUCAGGCACAUUGUGACUUUGUGAAGCUAAGGAACAUGCUAAUUCGGACACACAUGCAUGACCUGAAAGAUGUCACUUGUGAUGUACACUAUGAGAACUACCGAGCCCAGUGCAUCCAGCAGAUGACAAGGAAUGAAGAAAGACACAACACUGCAUCAAGCAAAUUGACUCAAGAUAAUAGGAUAGAAAGUCCAAUACCCAUCCUGCCACUGCCAACCCCAGAUGCUGAGACAGAAAAACUGAUUAAAAUGAAAGAUGAGGAGUUGCGACGGAUGCAGGAAAUGUUGCAGAAAAUGCAGCAGCAAAUACAGGAACAGUGAAUAUCCUGUCAGAACGGCACUUACCCUUCACAUUUUCAAACAUACCUGACACAGCACCUCUAAGAUGAGUACGGAGUUGGAUGUGGUACCCGUGGACUCAUUGCAGCAUCUUAUUUAUUGUUAUAAUCACCCGUCCUAUAUGAACGUCUCUCUCUCUAUGUCAAUGUUUAAUGACCUGUCCUAUUCCUCCACAACAUCCUAAUAAUGGAACCAAGCACUUCACCUAAAGGCUAAUCUUUUGUCAAAAAUGAGCUUAAUCACAGCAUCUUUCAUGUCACUAGAAGAAAAUAACCGUAAGUGCAAAGCAUUCUGGGAAUUGCGCAGGAUAACUGCACAGCCUUAUGAGAAAAAAAACAAGUUACCCAGUGCACUCUGGGAACUAUCGUAUCACAUUUAGACAGCCUAUCCUAUUUCUUCCACUGUCUCUGACCCUAAUGCAGAAAGAGGGAUAUUUCUUGGAGAAAGGAUUCCAAAUCAGUUUUCUACCAACUCCCGCUGCCACUCUGAGACAAGCUUGUGUUCUUUUUUUAUUUGUACAGUGUUGCAGUUUAUUGGACUCAGGACUUCCUUUUUUAUUUGUAUUAUUUUAUUUGUAUUAUUAUUUUUCUGUAUCGAUGUUUACUCAGCAGGUGACUGACUAAUUAUAGCAGAACCCAGAAAGGUGGUAGUUCUUUCCAAAGGAGUGAGGGUUGCACAUUGCUGCCAUUUAUUUUUGUUUUUUAAAAGCAGGCCCAAGUAUCGCACACAAAAACACAUGCUUUAGGCCAAAUUUAUGACAGUAGAUAUGAGAAACCUCUGAAGCACAACUGGACCCACUGAUACAAAUUGCUAUUUAAGAAAAAUCCAAUGUUUACACCAAAACCAAGUCAGGAUUUUCUUAUCUUUAUCCUUAUCUGAUCAGAAGUUGCUGAUAAAUAAGGAGUACAUUUGCAGCUGCCAUAUUUUGGUGCCGUGAUUGUACUGAAACUCAAUAAAAGAAGCAGACAAAUCAUAGUCCAGUAGGGUAACGUCAAGUGCAAGUGACAAGCUAUGCCCUGUGUUAGUUUAAUAACCAGUUCAAAGACGUCACCUAGAGUCUCUCUUUUAUCCGUAAGGAUGCUGGGCAGCUCAAACUGUCUUGCUAACUAUUGCUUGUGUGUCUAGCAGCCUAAUACUGACCUUGAGUUAUAUCAUUAUUAUUAUUUAUUCCAUAGAGCUUAAUCAUCAUACACAUUAAUUCCUUGCCCAGAAAAGAUUACAAUUAAAGUCCCUAUUACAUUUACAAAACACUCUGUCAGUUGUAUCACAAACCCAAGCCCCAAGCCGGCUUGUAUGUCUUUGGAAUGUGUGAGGAAACUGAAGUAACAGGAAGAAAACCCCCACAAAUAGGAGAAGAAUAUACCUACUCCUUGCUGAGAGUGCCCUGACUGUAAUUCAACCUUGAAGCCUCAGCACUACAAGGCAGCAAUGCCAACGGCUGUGCUAUUAGUGUUGCGUUGUAAAUGGGGAUUAUUCUGCUUUUUGCAAAAUAAUUAUUUUUCUGUUUUUCUGUUGAGUGGAAGCCCAUUACUGAUCGGACAUUAGCUACCUCCCACUAGUCACAAACAGUAGUCUGGGCUUACUUUAUGGCUGCAUUUAAAUGAUGGAAUAUUGUCAGGGUAGGACAAGAAAAUGAAGCCUCAGUUUAAUCAGGGAAGGACACAAUCCCAGUUUUUUAUUUCUGUUCUUUAGAUCCAUGAUCCAUUUUCAAAAAUGGGACCUUGCAGAAUAAAUCUAAAUUAAAUCUAAAUGAAGCACUACCUUGAUUACCCUUAAUUAAUAUUUUUUUUUGGUGAUACACUAAAGGCGUCAUUUAUCUUGAAAUGCGGACUACUAAGGGUCAUGCUUCUGCACCCCUUAGUCUGCUUCCACAUGAGUCCAGGGGCAUAGUAAAUUACCCCUACUAUAUUUUAUUCAUCAGAAAUAGUUUUUAUACUGUAGUAAAAGAACUGACAUUCCCAGGCAUUUUUGUGAGUGUUUAUUAAGGAUCUCAGAUCUAUCUGAGAACUGAAAUUCAUGACAGCUGGAGGACCACCGGUCUGAUAAACUUGGUACGUGGGAUUGAUUUUCUUAAGCUCUGAAAAUAUUUGGUGCUGAAUUAUUUAGCUGCUUAUGGACCAGAAAGCUCUAUAAAAGGUAUUGGUUAAUUUCCAUGGUCCUGUUUUUUUACUUCAACCUACGGCAUUUUCUAUAAUAUAAUUCACAGGGUCUGGAUUUUGUUUAUUGCCAUCACUCUAAAUACAAUUUAAUUGGCCUCCACCAACACACACUAUUUGGGUUGCAGGGAUCCACCAUCAGCACCAAGAUAUAUUGUUGACAAAAGGCACUGAAAGGUUCAUUUGAGGCUACCAAUAGUUCUUGACUUAAGAUCAAAUAAGGGGACAUUCCAUUUAGGUGUUUCUGUGUAAUGGGGAUUGAGUUGAUAAACCAUAGCUUGGCAGCCUAAAGCUCUUCCACUUAUUGAUCUUUACCUCCCAUCAGCUUCAGCAAGCUGGUGCCAGGCAGGUUAUGGCAGGGGCAGAGAGCUGCAGGCUGUUGGAUUAAGCACCCCUUGUGCCUGGUAACCCUGCUCCUUUGUUUCCAUUUGAAGUAUUUUUGUGACCCUCUGCCCUGUAGUAGCCCACCUUGAACAGUGCAUAUCCUGCGUACAAAUAUUUCUUAUAUUAAUUGUUGCUGUAAUUAAUGUUUACAACCUGAGAAUCUUAAUAAACCAUUAAAAUGCA